AUGCCAAGCGAUAUGCGACGAGCAUGUAUGAGUAAGAACCGUGAAGUAUCAUGUUAUCUUUUGACGAAGAUGUCUUGGAAGGGGAAUUACAAACGUCUUUUCACAAUCGGCACUCUUGGUGUAACAACGUACAACAAGGAUACUUUAAGAGUUACAAACCAGUGGACCUAUGAAGAAAUCUACGAGAUUAAAAUAGAUCAUAAUAUCAAAUCAAAUCAACCACAACUUAAACGUUUCAUUUUGGAUAUAUUAGAUAUAAAUCGUAAACGUCAUGAAUUAACAUUUGCUACAGAAUUUCGUGUUGAAUUAUUAACUGAUUUAUUGCAUUUUCGUGAUAAAUUUAUCAAAGAAAAGAAAUCAAAUGUGCGAAUACAUGCUACUAAAGUUAGUUGGUCAGAAUCAACAUAUGAUGUAAUCUUGGAUAUUGGUCCAAUUUCAAUUGAUGUACGUAAUCCACGUACUGGUGAAUUAUGGAAAACUUAUGAUUUUAAAGAUAUUGAAUGCAUUAGUAAAAUAAAUGAUACUUCGAAUGGAGUAGCAAUUAUUCACGGUGGGUUUGGACAUAUUCAUAUAUUCCUUACACGUGAACCGGAUAAUUUAAUCAAAGAGAUCAAUAAAUCUGCUCAUUCCAAUCUCUCUGUAUCAUUUAAUCAACCGUCGAAUCCAUUGACACGUGAUUAUUGUACAGAAUAUAGACUGGGUAAAGUCAAUCAAGAUCAUUUAAUUUCUCAAGCUGAAUUUACUGUACAAAAAUUAUCUAAUCGUUAUGGUGCUACAAAUCAAAUGAAAACAGUUUCCCGUCUAAUGUGUUUAACUGAAUCAUUGUUAUUAGAAAGAGAUCCAACUAGUUAUCGUCCAGUUUCUGCUCAUCCACUAUGUGAAAUACAUUUACUUGUUCGUGAUCGUUUUCAACCACAAAGAUUUUCUAUUGAAUAUGUUCGUGGACAAAUUGCCACAUAUUUUUCCACUAACAGAGAUGCUUUGUUAGCAUCAUUGUUAGACGGUGUACGUGCCAGUGGUAAUCGUGAUGUUUAUGUGUCCAGUUCAUUCUCUGAUAGAAGUUUACGUUUUAUUCCAUUAAUGAAUUCAGCAACUGAAGAAGUUGAAUCAGUACAUUUAAGAUUUUUACGUCAACGUCCAGAGGGUGUUUCAUUUUGGGAAGUAGUACAACGUUUCAAUGCUAACAUUGCCUACAGUGGUUUAUUGCAUGCUGUUACUCAAGAUGGUGUUUUUGCAGAAAAUAAAGAGAAACUAAUCAAAGAUGCAUUGGUUAGUAUUCUUACACAAGAUACACGUAUAAUUGAUGGAAAUCCUUCAACAUCUAUUAGACGAUCAUCAUCAUCAUCUUUACAUUAUACUACUGAUAAUACUACUACUACUAAUAAUAAUACCACUAAUUCUAAUUAUGAAUUAAUUUUAAUUGAAGCACAAUUUCAUGCAUUACGUCGACUGGUUGCAUCAAAAGCAGGAUUUAAUGCUUUCACUCAAUUACCGGGAAUGCGUGUAACAUUAGGUCAACUUGUAGUGAAUGCAUUAAAACUACGUGAUGAUGCUGUCACACAUUCUGUCUUAGAUGCUAUUAAUACUUUAAUGCAUCCAAUGCAUGAUCAACCAGAUAUUAGACAAGAACAAUUGAAUAAAGCAUCUAUCAUGUCUAGUGAAAUAUUUCUAUCUCAUCUUGUUGAUAUAUUCACAUUACAUGCUUUACGUGGAAGUGGUUCACUAGUUCUUUGUGCUUUACUAGACUUCUUUACUUAUGGUGUUUGUUUACCAUAUUCUGAAACAUCUGAAGGUGGAUUAUUCGAUAAUUUACUACGUUUAUUAGCUAAUCGUGGUCGUGCAUUGUUUCGAUUAUAUCUUCAUCCAAGCUUAGCUAUUGUUCGUGGUGGAGGUAUGAUAAUGCGUGCAUUAAUUGAAGAAGGUGGAACAGAUGUUGCUAAAGAAUUACGUAGUUUAGCUUUAACUGAAGGUGCACUGUUACAUCAUUUUUGGACUGCUUGUUUUACUCAAGGAAAUGAUCCACGAAGUUUAGCUGUGCAACAGCUUAGUCGUCAAUUAGUUGCAUUAUGGUCUGAAAAUAAUCAAGAUGCAUGGGAUUUAUUUAAAAGAAUGCUUCCAUUAGGUUUACUGUCAUUCCUAGAGUCAACUGAGGAACCCCCUGUAAAGCUUGUCAAUAUGUUACCAGAUCGUGAUAAUUUACAAUUAGCUCAUGAACAUAUGAUGCGUAUAGAAGAACGUAAACAAACUAUUUCAUAUCAAUUAGAAUCGAAAAUUGAUGAUUUAUUAACACAUUGGCGUCUACGUGUUGGUCUUCCUAUUCCUAAAGUAAUUGGAAAACAAAAUCAUAUAAAAGAAGCUGAAGAACGUCCUGUUGUACUUCGUCGACCUCGUCAUCUACUUCAAUCAUUACGCGGUGAUUCGGUUAAUUGUAAACCGACAACUAAUUGGCGUUUAUUUUUCUAUCAAUUUCAGCAGGAUCAUGCUAAAGCUGAUUUAAUUUGGACUAUACGAACAAGAAAUGAAUUACGUGAAUCAAUGGAGAAAGAAUUACAAGAAUUUCGACAAGAACGUAAUUAUUUUGCACAAAGUCGUUUAGAAGAAUCAGAUCUACCAGAUAUUGAUCGAUCAGAACCAGUUGGUACUGGUCAACCUGAACGUAUAGUUCCAAUUGGUUUAACUAGUAAAGCACAAAGUACACCAAAUAUUUGUAAUAAUAAUAAAAUAAUAAUGGGACAGUGA